CUUAUCGUUCUCUUUCUGGAGCAGCCCUCUCGCUUCUCAACCAUGGGAGAGAUCUAUGCAGUCCUUAAUGAUGAUUUCAGCCUCCAAAGCGUACAAAACAGAAGAUCAAAAGGUGGAUUUAAGGCCACCAUAUUCAUAUUCGUCAUGAUUGGGCUCGAGAACAUUGGGUUUGUGGCAAAUAUGGUGAGCCUGGUAAUCUACUUCAUGAAUGUGAUGAAAUUCGACAUAUCUGGAUCGGCGACUACGCUUACAAAUUUCUUGGGGACGGCAUUCAUGCUAACGCUGUUGGGAGGGUUUAUCUCGGAUUCGUUUGUGAAUAGGCUCAAUACAACUCUUGCAUUUGGAGUAAUCGAAUUGCUGGGAUAUGUACUUCUCAUAAUCCAAGCACGAAAAAAGAGCCUACAGCCGGCAUUGCCAUGCGGGAAGUCAUCGUGUGUGAAAGGUGGCCAAGCUCUAUUAUUUUACAGUGCAAUCUUCUUGAUGGCGUUGGGGGUUGGUGGGAUUCGAGGGGCACUUCCAGCUCUAGGUGCAGAUCAGUUUAAUCAGAAGGAUUCCAAGGAGCGAAAAUACGUAGGGAGCUUCUUCAAUUGGUUCUUGCUCAGUAUAACGAUUGGAGCAACGAUUGGAGUGACAAUCAUUGUGUGGGUGAGCUCGAACACAAGCUGGUAUAUGGGUUUCCUCAUUUCAAUGUCGGCCGCCACUGUCGGCCUUAUUAUUCUGGCCUUCGGACAGCCAUAUUUUCGCGUUCGAGUUCCUGCAGAGAGUCCUCUAUCAAGAGUUCUACAGGUUUUUGUGGUGGCAGUUCGGAACCGGAAGCUAGAACUACCGGAAAACUCUAAUGAACUUUAUGAGAUUGAUGAUCAGGAUUCUAGUUCACAUGUAGAAUGCAUUCCGCGCUCCACUCAAUUCAGGUCGCUGGACAAAGCAACCAUCCUUCCAAAAGGCUUCAAACCAAUGAAAUGGAGAGUCUGUACAGUGACUCAAGUUGAGGAAGUAAAGAUCCUAACAAGGAUGAUGCCCAUCAUCCUCAGCACCAUCUUGAUGAAUACAUGCCUGGCCCAGCUCCAGACCCUUUCUAUCCAACAAGGGACCAUCAUGAACACUCGCAUCGGCAAGUUCAACGUCCCGCCUGCGUCGAUCCCGGUCAUACCGCUCAUCUUCAUGUCUGUCCUCAUACCUGUCUAUGAAUUUGCAUUUGUGCCUAUCAUUCGGAAGAUCACAGGCCACCCCAAUGGCAUCACCCACCUCCAGCGGGUCGGUGUGGGGCUAGUCCUCUCGGCGAUAUCGAUGGCAAUUGCCGGGCUGGUGGAGGUGAAGAGGAAGAAUGCAUUCAACAAUCAUGGAGAGAAGAUCAGCCUCUUCUGGCUGUCGUUCCAUUAUGCCAUCUUCGGCGUUGCUGACAUGUUUACACUUGUGGGGUUGAUGGAAUUCUUCUACAGUGAGGCGCCAGCAGGCAUGCGGUCGCUGUCUACUUCCUUCUCGUGGGUUUCGCUGUCGAUUGGAUACUUCCUGAGCUCGGUAUUGGUUGAACUUACUGAUCUGGUGACUAGCAAGAUAACCAAGAGCAAGAAAGGGUGGAUUGAAGGGAUUGAUUUGAACCAUAACCAUGUUGAGCUCUUCUACUGGUUCUUGGCUAUCUUAAGUGUGUUGAAUUUUGCUAAUUAUCUCUAUUGGGCUUCUUGGUAUAAGUACAAGAAAGAAGUUUCUGAAUCUGAGAUGGAGGUGGCCCUCAAGGUGGGCCCCACCAAUCAGAAACAGGAAGAAGAAGAAGGGAAGGGAGGUGGUGCAAUGACUGAAAGCAAGAAGGGUUUGGCUGAUGAAGGUAAAGAAGAAAAUGGUAGGAUGAUUGAAGAAAAGGGUAACUAGAAAGCUUGAUCAGAAGAUUUGGUGUAUUCCAUUUGAGUGCCAUGGCCCAUUAGAAGAUAGUGGUCAAUGAAUGGUCAUGAUGAUGAGUUUGCAUGGUAGCAUGCAUGACGAUGUCGGUUUUUUUCUUCAUGAUAAAAGAUUGAGAAGUGAGUGACCAGAUUA